CAGCAGGAAGCAGCGAGAGCAGAGCACGGCUGGAAGAGCGGGGCUCCGGCGCACCCCGGGACAUCGCUCCCCAUCCGGCAGGCAGAAGCUGGCUCUGGAUUCAGCCCUGGAGCAGUGCAGAUGCUGGGGGUGUGACAUGGAGCUGCUCUCCUGUGGGAUAUCUCCUCUCCUAGGCUGGAAGCACCUCGGUGGAGGAGUGAAUCCAGGGAUGUGGCUGUGGUAGCCCUUCCUCGUGGCUUGUCUCCAGCCCUGCUGUUCCCUGGCCACUCCUUUGGGAUGUAGUGCAGGUUGAGGUGCCUCAGCACCACCAGCCCUUAAUGAACUCACAGCCCCCACCCGUGGGAUCAUCACCUCCCAUUCCCGCAGGAUUUCCCAUUCCCAUCCCUUGGCCAGAUGGAGGAGGUGGCUGCAAGGAAGAUGUCCCGGGACACUCAGGCAGAGCAGGAGCUGAGGAUGGAGACCAGGGAGGACAAAUCCCCACAGCAGAACCUCGUGGAAGAGGCUGCUUUGAGCAGCUCCACAGCACAGGAAUCAAACAGGGAGGAAAAUUCCUGGAGAUCCCCCACGAGGAGGGGCUGCAAACCCAGCCCAGGAUGCUCCGAGGAGGAAAGAGCCACCCUGUGCCAGGAAGGUGGACAGAGCUUCAGCCAGAGCUCAGAGCUGGUGGUCCCUGAGCAGCUGGAUGAUGGGGAGAAGCCCCACAAGUGUUUGGAGUGUGGGAAGGGCUUCAGCUGGAGGUCCCGCCUGAUCCGCCACCAGAUGAUCCACACUGGGGAGAGGCCCUAUGAGUGUCCUGAGUGUGGGAAGGGCUUCAGAGACAGCCCCCAGCUGACCAUCCACCAUCGCAUCCACACCGGGGAGCGGCCCUACGAGUGUUGGGAAUGCGGCCAGAACUUCAGCCGGAGCUCCCACCUGACCUCCCACCAGAAGAUCCACACUGGGGAGAGGCCCUACGAGUGUUCUGAGUGUGGUAAAUCUUUUCAGACCAGCUCCCUGCUCCUCGUACACCAGCGCAUUCACACAGACGAGAAGCCCUUCCGCUGCCCCGAGUGCAGGAAGGGCUUCAAGCACAACUCCCACCUCACCAGGCACCGGCGCAUCCACACCGGGGAGAGGCCCUACGAGUGUCCCGAGUGUGGGAAGAGGUUCAGGACUAGCUCAGUCUUGAAUCAACACCAAUGGAGGCACCGGUAAGGGAAGCCCUGCAGGUGUCCUGACUGCAGGAGGAGCUUCAUGCACUGCUCCAACUCCAUCCCCCAUCAGACAACCCUCGUUGCAGAGAGCCCUCUGAUCCAAAUAAUU